AUGCUUCAAGCACUAGGAGGCCCUGUGCCCCCAAACACCGACCAUGCCGUCAGUGUAUCAUUGCCAACAUGGAGAGCCAAUGUCGGUUACGAAGAAGGAGAAGACUGGGUUAUAAGUAAGAUGCAAUGCGGAUAUCCUCGAUUCUUCGUGCAUCCUAGCAUUCAGAAGCUCGCGGGGGAGAUUGUUCAACGUGUAGGGAAUCAAGAGACAGAGACAGCGACUCUCUUUGCAUCGCUUAAGACUGCGCAACUUUGCCAUUCGUUCAUCAUAUCCAAGAUCUCCGACGACCAAUCGCAAAAAGUCCGAAUCGUGAAUUUCGUCCCAUCUACGCAUGCCGAAGCUGGAUCAACCUCGGUCACAUCCUCGUUGGUUGGUGUAAUCUAUCCCAAAGAAUUUGCACCAAUUGCGAAACAGGUGUGGCAACAUUCUGGCAACGGGAUCUCGAGUCGGCGGGGUGAGUUCUGUCUCCGUGCCCUGCAGGACGGUUUCUUGGUGGAAGAGAAGGAGACUGCCACAUCUGAGUCUCUUGCUCAGCGACCCUGUAAAGGUCCUCGAAGAUACCAAGGGCGAGGCUCCCUGAGCGGAGUUGCCUGGGGAGCUUCGACCCCAAAUACAUCAUCGGCCACUCCCACAACUAGUGGUGUGGAGGACGGUCGAGACUAUGCUCAAUUCAUCGAGGAACGCUUUGGUCGCAACCUCAGCGCCUUACACGCCGCACAGGCUAAAGUUGCAGUUCGAAAGCGCAUUGCUGGUGUCUUGACUGCUGAUGUCGAGCUACCCGAGGCUCUAGAAACAGCUUCGUCGGGAGGUCGAGUCGAUGAUAUCUCAGAGGAUGAUGUUCUUCUCUACCCCUCUGGUAUGAGCGCGAUCUUCAACGCGCAUCAAACUCUCAUGAAUGCACGGGGGCCCCUGCAAAGUAUCUGUUUCGGAUUUCCGUAUACCGAUACAUUGAAGAUUCUACAAAAGUGGGGCCCGGGCUGUUUAUUCUACGGACAUGGCUCAUCUGAAGAUUUGGAUGAUCUCCAAGCUCGACUAGAGAAGGGUGAGAGGUUCCUUGGGCUUUUCACCGAGGCCCCAGGCAAUCCUCUACUUAAGACCCCGGAUCUAGUGCGCAUACGAGCUCUGGCCGACCAAUACGAUUUUGCAGUAGUAGUUGAUGAAACUAUUAGCAAUUUCCUCAACAUCAACGUUCUUCCAUAUGCAGACAUUGUCGCCAGCAGUCUGACAAAGAUUUUCAGUGGCGAUAGUAAUGUCAUGGGAGGAAGUGCAAUCCUGAAUCCUCACGGACAGUACUACCAGAAACUGAAAGAUACAUACGCUCAGGAUUAUGAGGACAUCUAUUGGGCAGAGGAUGCUUUGUUCUUGGAGCGAAACAGCCGUGACUUUGUUUCAAGAAUCGAUAAAAUCAACUCCACUUCUGAAGAAGUGACGGCCAUGUUGAAAGCAUCUCCUCUAAUCAAGGAAGUUUAUUAUCCUAAAUACAGCCCAACCAGGCCCCUGUACGAUAGCCUUCGAAAUCCCAAUGGCGGAUACGGUGGGCUUUUCUCUGUUACAUUUCACUCGAACGCAGAAGCCAUUGCAUUUUAUGACACAUUGGAGGUUUUGAAGGGACCUAGUCUCGGCACCAACUUCACUCUCAGCUCUCCAUACGUUCUUCUGGCUCAUUAUGGUGAAUUAGACUGGGCGAGAUCUUUCAAUGUUGACCCAGACCUUGUCAGGAUCAGUGUUGGUCUGGAAGACUUGGCCGACCUACGCUCCAGGUUCCAGCGGGCCCUCGAUGCAGUGGAGAAUGUGAGAAAAUAG